AUGUAUAGCCGCGGAUAUAUAUUUCGACUUGUGGCCGGGAUCUGUCAAUCGAUGCUGAAGAGGAUGACGAUUUUUAUGAAAACCGCAUUUAUUCUAGUCCUGGUCGCCGUCGCCCAUCUUCCGGUAGCGACUUUCGCCUUGAAGUGUUUCAUAUGUAUUUACGACACGGAUCGUGGUCACAACUCGGACACGUUGCCCCCCAGCUCGCCAGCCGCCCAGUGUCUCCGUGACACCCCUUCCAUCCAAUUACUCAAAGAAUGCGGUGACCCACAUGAGCCGAGUGGAAUUAUGCUCUGCGCAAAUUCGUCGAUCCAUGAUGAACACUCGAGAUCUGUUUCAAGAGAAUGUACAGAGCAUAUUCGUGGCAAAAACGGCUCGUCGUCGUCGACGACGUGUUCCACCGACCCUUCUGAUGGUUUUACAACCUGUCUUUGUGAAACGGAUGGCUGUAACGUGCCCAUUUUCGACGCGACGUAUGACGUUCCUGUCGAGAAGGGUGCCGAUGUGGAUGUGGGGAAGAUUAAGCCCCCCGAAGUAGGAGAUGAAGGGGAUCAAGACGAAAUGCACAGUGCGGGCUGGUCACCACUGCGACAGUAUCGACCGAGUCAAAAUUUAUGGAAAUAUUUCACUAUUAUCAUGUUCUGGGGGAUGUUUUGUAUCCUAAUUUUUUUGUAA